GGAAAGGGGCGUGUCCGCGCAGCCAUGGACGGGGACGGCGCGUACGAGCCGGGCUUCGUGGGGAUCCGCUUCUGCCAGGAAUGUAACAACAUGCUGUACCCCAAGGAGGACAAGGAGAACCGGAUCCUGCUCUACGCUGUGAUGCCCCCCAAUUCCCUCCCAGUCCAUCCCAGUUUGUCCCAGUCCAUCCCAGUUUGUCCCAGUCCCUCCCAGUCCCUCCCAGUCAAUCCCAGUCUGUCCCAGUGCAGGAACUGUGAUUACCAGCAGGAGGCCGACAACAGCUGCAUCUACGUCAACAAGAUCACGCACGAAGUGGAGUGCGGGCACAAGGAGGCCGUGUUCUUCCAGUCCCACAGCGCCCGCGCUGAG